GUUAGCAAAACAAUAAAUGAAAUGCAUACAAUUAGAAUAGAGAAUUGUUAGCCGACAGAUUAGUUUACGCGGGAAUGAAAAAAAAAAAUUCAUGGUAAGCCAGUAAACGUCACAUCACCAUAUAUCAACGUCCACACAUACACAUAAACCCCGAUCACACGCCGAGACCUCUUCAUUCUCAUCAAACAAGCCGACACUCCUCUGGCUUGCUUAAUCAAUUAGCUGGGCACAUCACACACACUCAAACCUCAACUCAUUUUGGUCAGUCUAGUUUUGUACUCGAAGCGUAGCGUGCGUGUCCGACAUUAAAGCUCCUCAGCACACACAAACAUACACUGACAGAAUGGUGUCCAGUAAACUCCAGUCGCCGACGAGCGAAAUGGUCUUGCUUACACCAAGCACUGAGAAUCCGCCCAGCAUUGUGGCAGCUGCGACCAAGGAUAAGGAUGCCAAGCGAGAGGGAUCUGCCGAAUCGGACAGCAGUCGUGUUGUGAUGAAGAAACAGUUAGGCUUACUCGAAGGUGUGGCCAUUAUACUGGGAAUUAUAUUCGGCUCGGGCAUAUUUGUUUCGCCCAAAGGUGUCCUGCAGGAGGUGGAUGCUGUGGGCACUUCCUUGGUCAUUUGGGUGCUAUGUGGCCUGCUCUCCAUGAUCGGUGCUCUUUGCUAUGCGGAACUGGGUACAGCCAUACCCAAGUCUGGCGGGGAUUAUGCCUAUAUAUUCGAGGCAUAUGGUUCACUGCCGGCUUUCUUGUAUCUAUGGGAUGCCAUGAUGAUAUUUGUGCCGACGACAAAUGCAAUAAUGGGUCUAACAUUCGCCUCCUACGUGCUGCAGCCCUUCUUCGCCGAUGGCUGCGAGAUACCAAAACUUGCCCUGCAGCUGUUGGCAGCGGUUACCAUCUGCUUUCUGACCUACUUGAACUGCUAUUAUAUGAAGGUCACAACGAAAAUGCAAAACGUUAUCAUGUUCACCAAAAUAGCGGCUUUGGUAUUAAUCAUUAUCGUUGGCUCGAUCUGGAUGCUGAUGGGUCAUACGGAGAACUUUGAUAAGCCUUUUGAGAAUACCGAAACCGAUCCUGGCAAGCUAUCGGUGGCAUUUUAUUCGGGCAUUUUCUCAUAUGCUGGCUGGAACUAUUUGAAUUUCAUGACCGAAGAGCUGCGCGAUCCAUAUCGCAAUUUGCCGCGUGCCAUUUAUAUAUCAUUGCCCUUGGUAACUGGCAUUUAUGUGCUGGCCAAUAUGGCCUAUCUGGCUGUGCUAUCGGCACCCGAGAUGAUCGCUUCCAAUGCCAUUGCUGUGACUUUUGGCAACAAGAUUAUGGGAAACUUUGCCCUCAUCAUACCCAUUAUGGUGGCCAUUUCGGCUUUUGGCGGCCUCUCAGUACACAUUAUGACCUCGUCGCGUAUGUGCUUUGUCGGCGCCCGAAAUGGACAUAUGCCCGCAGUGCUUUCUCACAUUAGUGUUAAGAGCUACACGCCGUUGCCUUCGCUAGCUUUUCUGUGUCUGCUAUCAAUUGUGAUGCUGCUUGUGAGCGAUGUGUAUGUGCUUAUCACUUAUUCCAGCAUUGUGGAAUCUUUCUUUAUUAUGCUAUCGGUGUCGGCUGUUUUGUAUUUUCGCUACAAGCGCCCCACUAUGGAUCGGCCAAUUAAAGUCUCGCUGUGGAUACCCGCAGUGUUUGUCAUUGUGUGCGCCUUUCUGGUGGUCGUUCCGGUUUACGUUGCGCCAUUUGAGGUCGCUAUGGGCUUGCUAAUAACGCUAAUUGGCAUCCCAUUCUAUUACGUCGGCAUCGUGUGGAAGAACAAACCAAUAUGGGUGCAGCACGCGAUUGAUUCAGUGACAUUUACGUGCCAAAAACUCUUUUUGUCCGCCAAAGAGGAGAAAGAGGAUUAAUUAAAGACAAGGAUAUAAAUAAGAGAAUUCAUCACAAAUAUACAAUACAUCACAAUCAAUACAUCACAAUCGAUACAUCACAAA